AUGCUAACCACACCGGAGGCUGCUUCUCCAGAUUCGGGUUCCCGGCCACCCUUUCCUCCCAGGACCCAGUUUGAUAAGAGCACUCCCAGGGGCCAGCUGUUUUCUGCUGGGCGGAUCCGGAGCUAUGCGGCCAGCUCCCUGCAGGGGCAGCUCCCCGCUCCCCCAGCUCUCUCUCUAAGCUCCUGGCUCAAAGUACCUGAGUCUCCAAAGUCCACCGUGAGCGCAGCGGAGCAGCAGCGGCUCUGGCUUCGCGCAGACGCCCAGCAGCCGGUGCGCCGCCGCCCGCCACUCCAGCGCCUUCCUACACCAAGCUCUGCGCUCCUGCCCCAACUCACGCUGUCCUCGGACCCUGGUCUGUCCGGCCGCACUCGCCGCCCACUGGGCCAACGCCCAGGAGACCCCCUGCCUCGGCUCCUGCUCCCGGAGGGCCGAUCGCUCACCUGCCCCGGCCCGCCCGAGGAAGGGGGGCGCCUUCAUGAGGCCCCCACACCCCUCAACCCGCCGCCGCCCCGGAGCUCCGCGCGCUGUGCCCCAGCCCCAGCAGGGCGCGCAACUUUGGAAGUCCCGCGGCGCUCCGAGAGGCGGCCGAGUCCGCGCCCUGGCCACGGGCCCCUGGGCCCGCGCCGCACCGCAGCGUCUGGGGGAAAGGAGAGAGUCAGUAAUCGCUUCAGGGAUAUAAGGAGACAUAUAGGACCCCGAGCCCGCACCAGCACCCCUCGGCUGCCUCCCGGGGUGGGGGCGGGCCCGGCACACGGACCACUGCUUGAAGAAGAAUAUGUAUGUUUCUAUCUUGAAUGUGUGUGCGCCCCUCCCUCCCGGAAAGCGCUGACUAAGGAGAAAUCUUUUAGCUGUUGAUUUUAGACACAGAGGAGUGGAAAUUAUGUGGAAACAGCAAACCUGAUACAAUUUGCCCAAGGUAAACAGUGUGGAAAGACAAAUGAGCCUGACAAACUGUACAAUUCCUGCCCCCAGAGCUCUUAGGUAUCAAAAGUGUUGUCUUUCCCCCUUCCCUGCUUUUCUGGUUGAGAUCUGUCAUUGACCCACUGCCAGAGUUGGGGGAGGAGGGAGGAGACCUUGUGUUUACAUCUGUGUUUCUACAUGUUUUAGAGACAAUUCAAGGCCUGCACUCUUAUUUCACUAAGGAAAAACUAAUGUCAGCACACGUCGCUAAUGACAGUGGAUUUUUUUUAAAUAAAAAGUUUACAGAUCAAAUGUGAAAUAAAUAUGAAUUAAAUGGU